CGCCAAGGAAGUGAGACCAGUUGCCAAGGCGGCCUGUGGGGCCGGUUGCUAAGGAAGUGAUGGCUUGGGGGCGGGCGUGCGGGUUGCCAAGGAAGUGAGCGGGGGUCGAUCCCCCCCCGUAUCCGGUGCAGCAGGAGCGGCGGCGGCGGCGGGGGCUCCAUGGUGACAGCGCAGGUUUUCAGCACUCCUGGCCUUCCUGGAUCACCCGCCUGUCAAAUCUCCCUACCCACUGUCCUGUCGUCAUGUCUAAGUUAAAGAGUUCUGAAUCUGUCAGGGUGGUGGUGCGGUGCCGGCCAAUGAAUGGGAAAGAGAAGGCAGCUUCAUAUGAUAAAGUUGUUGAUGUGGAUGUCAAGUUAGGGCAGGUAUCAGUGAAGAAUCCCAGGGGAACAUCUCAUGAGCUGCCUAAAACCUUCACCUUUGAUGCUGUCUAUGACUGGAAUUCCAAGCAGUUUGAACUUUAUGAUGAGACCUUUAGACUUCUGGUGGAUUCUGUCCUGCAAGGGUUCAAUGGGACUAUCUUUGCCUAUGGGCAGACUGGGACAGGGAAAACAUAUACAAUGGAAGGAGUGCGUGGUGAUCCCGAAAAAAGAGGGGUCAUCCCCAAUUCAUUUGACCACAUCUUCACCCACAUCUCUCGAUCUCAGAACCAGCAGUAUUUGGUUAGAGCAUCUUAUCUGGAAAUAUACCAAGAAGAAAUCAGAGAUUUGCUAUCAAAGGAUCAGUCCAAGAGGCUGGAGCUGAAAGAGAGACCAGACACUGGGGUGUAUGUGAAGGACUUGUCAUCUUUUGUCACAAAGAGUGUCAAGGAGAUCGAGCACGUCAUGAAUGUGGGGAACCAAAACCGCUCCGUUGGUGCUACCAACAUGAAUGAGCAUAGCUCCCGUUCCCAUGCCAUUUUUGUGAUCACUAUUGAGUGCAGCGAGGUGGGACUUGAUGGGGAGAAUCACAUCCGUGUAGGAAAACUCAACCUAGUGGACCUUGCAGGCAGUGAACGCCAGGCCAAAACUGGAGCACAGGGGGAAAGGUUGAAGGAAGCUACCAAGAUUAACCUCUCUCUUUCAGCUUUGGGCAAUGUUAUAUCUGCCCUAGUAGAUGGUAAAAGCACUCACAUUCCAUACCGGGACUCAAAACUAACUAGGCUACUUCAGGACUCACUAGGUGGCAAUGCUAAGACUGUGAUGGUGGCCAAUAUAGGCCCUGCCUCUUACAAUGUAGAAGAAACUCUUACUACCCUGCGAUAUGCCAACCGUGCCAAAAACAUCAAGAACAAACCAAGAGUUAAUGAGGAUCCUAAGGAUGCACUGCUACGAGAAUUCCAGGAAGAAAUCGCCCGGCUCAAGGCACAAUUGGAAAAAAGGUCUGUUGGCAAAAGAAAGAGGAGAGAAAGGAGAAGAGAUGGUGGGGAAGAGGAAGAGGAGGAUGGAGAAGAGGGUGAUGAAGGGGAUGACAAAGAUGACUACUGGAGGGAGCAGCAGGAAAAGCUGGAAAUUGAGAAGAAAGCUAUUGUAGAGGAUCACAGCUUGGUGGCAGAAGAAAAGAUGAGGCUGCUAAAGGAGAAGGAGAAGAAGAUGGAGGAUCUGAAGCGAGAGAAGGAAGCAGCAGAAAUGCUGGGUGCCAAAAUCAAGGCAAUGGAAAGCAAGCUCCUUGUUGGAGGGAAAAACAUUGUGGAUCACACAAAUGAACAGCAGAAAAUCUUGGAGCAGAAACGUCAGGAAAUUGCAGAACAGAAACGUCGGGAGCGAGAAAUCCAGCAACAGAUGGAAAGUCGGGAUGAGGAAACAUUGGAGCUGAAAGAGACCUAUAGUUCCCUACAGCAAGAGGUGGACAUCAAAACCAAAAAACUCAAAAAGCUAUUUUCCAAGCUGCAAGCUGUGAAGGCAGAGAUCCAUGACCUCCAGGAGGAGCACAUCAAGGAGCGGCAAGAACUGGAACAGACCCAGAAUGAGCUUACCAGGGAGUUAAAGCUAAAGCACCUGAUUAUUGAAAACUUUAUUCCCCUGGAGGAAAAGAACAAGAUCAUGAACAGAUCUUUCUUUGAUGAAGAGGAAGACCAGUGGAAACUGCAUCCCAUAACCCGGCUGGAUAACCAGCAGAUGAUGAAAAGGCCAGUGUCAGCAGUGGGAUACAAGAGGCCUUUGAGUCAGCAUGCCAGGAUGUCCAUGAUGAUUCGUCCAGAGGCCCGCUACAGGGCAGAAAACAUUGUGUUACUGGAGCUAGAUAUGCCUAGCCGAACAACCAGAGACUACGAGGGCCCAGCCAUUGCUCCUAAAGUGCAGGCUGCUCUAGAAGCAGCUCUGCAGGAUGAAGAUGAGAUACAGGUGGAUGCCUCCACUUUUGAGAGCAUGUCAAAUAAAAAAUCAAAAUCCAGGCCUAAAACUGGAAGGAAAUCAGGGGGAUCCUCUUCCUCAGGCACCUCUGGGUCUCAGCUCUAUCCACAGUCCCGGGGGCUGGUUCCUAAGUAAAAACAGCAAUUCUUCUCCAGGGCGUGAACAGCAUUUGCCUUCUGAGAGCAAAGACAAGUAAAAACCUGCAGAGAGGACUCUCAGCCAGACUCCAAGCCCUUUCCUUUGGGGAAUAGCAAUGGCCUCUUUGCAGUUUAACUGACUUGUGUCAAAAUGUGCCAGUCCCAGGUGUGCUGAACCUUGCAGGAAAAGAUUUGCUCACAAUCUAGCAAUCAGCCCCUAUUGGGAACAGAUUUUAGUUAGGAAAUCAGAAAUGCAUGAGGUACGUUAAAGUGUGUUAGAAGCAAUGGGAAGCAUGAGGAUCACCUCACAGCAUCACCCUCUCUCCUUCAGUUCCAGCCCCCUUGCUGUACUGGGCUCUCUUGCUGUUGGGCAACAGGAAAGAGUUGCAAGUCAUCUCAACAGAAUCAACUCUCCAGAACCUCAGGAUGAAAACUUAGUGAGGUUAAAAAGUGGAGGGUGUAUCCAAACUUGACUAGGUGCAUUUUUUUCCUCUUUCUGUUGAAAGAAUGGCAUCUUCAUCUGGGGUUAGAGUUGGGUUGAACAACCCUGAGAUGAGCAGGAUUGGAGAGCUGUUUCCUUGCACUUCACAGCUAGACCUCUCCGCUUUCCUUUAGAAAUGUAGAACAAGAGAGGAUCUUGGAAGUAUAUUUUGCUCCUGUAGAAUGGAAGCAAUAGAAACUGAAGUUCUCUAUCUGUUUACAGACAUCAGUAAGAGCUCUUCUAAACUGUCCUGCUAAAGACUCAACCCCUAUUGGCAGGGACCACCUUGUCAAAGAAUAAGUCUGCAUACCAGUGCCAGUUCCAUACUAGCUCUCUUCCUCUCACUUCUCCAUCCCACACCUGGCAUUUUAGACCAGCAUCCAUACUGAAUAGCUAAACCCUACACCGUGUAUGGCCAUUUUCUCAGAUCUUCCACCAUUUGUAGGAAGUGUAGAUCUAGCUUGGUGCUAGGUCUCUGCCAGGAGGCACACAUAGCCAGUUCUGCCAUUCCCUAUGACAUGGAUGGAAUCUGGAGCACUAUGAGGCAAAGCCAUAUUAGACUGCACUUUUCUGAUAAGUAUGCAAUCUUUCCCCUGAUGUUAUGAGGCGCUUCAGUGCAGGAGCUGCCUUUGUGUCUCAUCGUGCUCCAAGUUAAGAACAUUCUCUUUUCAGUCUUAAGCUUUCCUGAAUACAGUGAGGCUAGAUGGGAAUGAGGGCAAUGUGUAAUCACCAGUCUGGGGUUGCAAGGAAAUCUGAUAUAAAUCCCAAGGGUGGUACACUGAAAUUGAAAGGGGAAGAACUCCUGCUUUAGAUGGUGUCUUUUCAAAGUUUGCCCUGUGACUAAUAUCACAGGCCUGCAUGGUCCAGUGGGGAGAGGGGAGCUACUGUAUUGGAUGGGCUCAGAAGACAGAGUAAGGUGUUCCUGUCUUGCAUCUCACUGUUCAGCUUGUAAGUUUUAGUUCCCUGUAUAUUGAGAGUUGGGCUAUUUUUUUUUCUUGAUUGUUGUCAACUGUUGUCCUGUGAUUGUUUGUUUUUACCCAUUACCUCUCCCUCGCAGAUGACCUCUCCCUAUACUGACUGACCAGUGUAUGAGAACUUGCCUGUUUUUAGAAAUACUCUGAUGUAGGGACUCUACUUUGUGUUCUUGUUAAGUAUCCAUUGACUGACUCUGUCCAGUCUGGAAAAACUCCAUUGUAUCUGACCGCCAUGAGCAGAAGGAACACAACACUUCUAGCAUAAAGCUCUCCUCUGCAUCUUGCUGGCAUGGUGCCUUGGUGAGUCAGCUGCUCAGGUGGACUUGGGUUAAGUUCUAAAUCAGCUGCUUUGAUUCAAGGAGUAUAUUUCUGGAUGAGGACCAGAUGAAUAUUUUUUUAAAUUUUGAUGCGGGGAGGAGAGUUUUGCCUAUGGGUGAGGGAGGAGCCAUCUGCUCAUUUUCUGCUAUCCUAAUGAUGGAAGCCUGGCAUAACCUUCCUUUUUAUAAACCACUGUUUCUGUACAAAAAGCCUUUUAAUUCUCUUUUGUGGUAUAAAACAGAGUGUCAACGGUUGUCGUCCACCCCCCAGUAUAUAAUCUUGUUUACUUCAUAAUUGAAAAAGAGGAUUGUAUAGUUUAAGUAUUCAGAGAAUUGAAAUGAGAUGAAGUGACUGUAUAGCCUGAGAUGGUAAUAUAUACAUGAUAUAGCUAUGCUUCUUCACUCACUACUAUACCACCGGGUUUCUGUACAAAAUUUGUAAGAUUUCCCAUGUGGCAGGAAUAAGUACAUUGGAAAUCACAGCCCAAACCCAGACUGUUCUGCUUUUACUGUUAAUAUGCUAGAAUGGCUCUACCUCGGAAAGCCCUGUUUAUAAAUGUGUAUACGUUAAGGUGAGAGAAAGGGACUGAGGUAGGUAAAUUAUAAAAUUGACUUUUAGUUACCUUUACCCACAGCUCCAUUUUAAACAGUAUGUCCAGUGAAUAAGAGAGAAUAAGCAAAUCUCAGGGCAACAGCAGCUUUCAGCUUCUCACUCUGAUUGACCUACCCCUUUAGAUCCAUAGGGUACAUCUACACUGCGAUUAAAAACUUGUGGCUGGCCUGGGACAACCAACCUGGGCUUGCGGGGCUCAGGCUAAGGAGCUAUUUAAUUGUGGGGUAGACUUUUGGGCUCAGGCUGGAGCCUGAGCUCCAGGACCUUGCAAGGUCCCAGAGCUCAAGCUGGAGUCCAAGCCCGCACAUCUAUGCCACAAUUAAACAGCCUCUGAGCCUGAGCCCUGUGAGCCCAAGUCAGCUGGCACAGGCCAGCCACGGGUAUCUAAUUGCAGUGCAGACAUUUUCUGGCAGUGAUAUUGGGGUGAAAUGAUACAUUUGUGUUAAAUUGUACAAUGUUAGUGAAGUUCAGGAUCGACAUGUCUAACAAGUGAUCCUGCCAGGCUUGUGCCUCUCUGCUGCAUGUGGGUAUGAUCUGAACCAUCUGGGCUUCCUGCAGGCUAAAAGCCAAAGAAGACAGGAAAUCCACCAAGUUCCUGGAAGAGGCCCUGGGAGAGUGUGCACAGUCAGUCUCUUCAGAGGAAUGUUUAAAAUCCUCCUCCUCUUCGCUCUGCUCUGUAUAAUUGGAUACAAUUUUAUUUUUCAAGUUACGUGCAGUAAAGGUAGCUUUUCUGUUCCAGAGUCAAAUCCCACAUGAAACCGAACACAUAGAAAUUACAGCACUUCAAAUUCUUAAUAUAGGUCUGAUCAUCCUUUGUUGAAAGGUUUGCAUGCUGCUUGAAUCUUAUAGAAUAUAUACCUCUGUGAUGACCUUUUGAACUGUAAUGAUGCAUUAUACAGACUUUUGGUUUAAUACAGAACUCUCUAGUUGUAGUCCUUCCUCACUGUGUCUAGAUUCAUUGCCAAGUUUCAGAGAAGCAUUGAUUCCUGUAAAUCUGGAUAUUUUAUCUGUCCUGUCUUUUAAUUUCUGAUAUCUGACCAUACAACCAGGCCUUAAAAGGGGAAGAAGUGAUUCUUGUGGCUUGCUUUCUACAGUGUUAAACACAUAGACAAAUGAGAAAAACAUAUGUGCACAAUGCAAAAGCCAUAAUCAGAUGCUCAGUUGGAACUGAACAAGAACAGUGGUGCCCGGCUGCUCUGCACCUUGCAGUGGUCAUUUAGCUCCCUAUGAUCUAGGCACUUACUACCUUACCCUCCUCAGCCCGAUUUCUCUUGUUUCUGGAAUGAAGUGCCCAAGGGUGCUUGUGGGCAUAACUGUCUGUGAGAUUUCACUCCUUGGUCUUACACUGAUCUUGACCUUUUCUUUGGUGACCUGUAGACAAAGAACAUCUCUAGUUCUGUCAAUAGGUUUUACAACUUAUAUUUAUUUGUAUCAUCUCUUUUGGCUAGGAAUGUAAAAGUGAUCCUAAAAUAAGAUGUGUAAUAAAAUCAAUCAGAUUUAUUGUAUCUACCAAAACUU